UGUGAGGGGUCAGGUCUGAUGGAACUGUACUGCUGUAGUGGAGCUGUGUACUGAGUCCAUGGAGCGCGAUGGCGCCUUUCCCGGACGAGGUGGACGUGUUCACUGGGCCACACUGGCGAAUGAAGCAGCUGGUCGGCCUUUACUGCGACAAGCUGUCAAAGACAAACUUUUCCAACAACAAUGACUUCCGCGCCUUCCUGCAGACGCUCUGCGCCACCUUCAAGGUGUUCAAGAUCCAUGAGCAGAUUGAGAAUGAAUACAUAAUCGAUCUGCUGCAGCAGCGCAGCCGUACCAUCUACAACGUGCACUCUGACAACAAGCUGUCCGAGAUGCUGUUGCUUUUUGAAAAAGGCCUUCGCAAUGUCAAGAGUGAGUGCGAGCAGCUGAACUAUGCCAGGCAACUGAAGGAGAGGCUCGAGGCCUUCACCCAGGACUUCCUCCCUCACAUGAAGGAGGAGGAGGAGGUGUUUCAGCCCAUGCUGAUGGAGUACUUCACCUAUGAGGAGCUGAAGGCCAUUAAGAGGCAGGUGAUAGCACAGCACUGCAGCCAGCAGUGGGAAAAAACUGAGGAGGUGCUGAAGGGUAUAAAUGUGUGGAAACAGGCUGAAGAGCUGCACAAGGUCUUCAAAUACUCUGACCACGAGAAGACAGAGGAUGAACGUGAGAAUCGCACAUACACACACAUCUCAACCCUGCCAGAGGAGGUCUUAGUGCGCCUUUUCCGGUACUUGGGUCCGGAGGACCUGUGCCGCUGCAGCCAGGUGUGCAGUACCUGGGCACAGGUAGUUAAAACGGGUGUGCUCUGGAGGCACCUGUACCCAGUUCGCUGGGCCAGAGGUGAUUAUUACUGUGGCCCCCCGGGGGAGCUGGACCAGGAUCCAGAUGAAGAUUGGGUGAAGAACCUGCAAGAGGAAGGUCGAGCCUAUCAGGAGUGGGACGAGGAUGCAGACGUUGAUGAAUCAGAAGAGGCAUGUGAGGACUCUCUGGCAAUCAGUGCAGUGAGCAGGGAGAAGAAUCUGUUGAAUGGAAUGAUCCAGAACCUUUUGCCUGCUGUGGGGCCAUCAGUACACACUGUUAGUCUGGCCUAUAGUGCUGCUGUUUCCAGCAAAAUGGUACGUCAGAUCCUCAGUCUAUGCCCAAACCUUAGACACUUGGACCUUACGCAAACAGAUAUCACAGAUUCAGCCUUUGACAGCUGGGCAGAACUGGGAGCAUGCCGCUCGCUUGAGCACCUGGACCUCUCGGGCUGUGAGAAGAUCACUGACCACACCAUGAAGAGACUGUCCGUGGGUUUAGGUGACCUGACCCUACCGAAGAACAGCCCUGUACGCAGAGCCAAACUUCAGAAGGGCCCAUCAUCUCCAAUCCGACUUUUGGACGAGCACUCUGCUUACACAAUGGGACGCGCCCGGCAGGCUCUCAUCUUCAAGCGGAGGCCUGGUGGGCAGGGCAUGGCCUGCAGCCCUGUCUGGGUUUUGGAUCCAGCUGAGCUGGCUGACAUUGAGGAUGCUGUAGAUUGGAGCAGGCGUGGAGGCGUACCUGUGCAAGAUGAGGCACACUGUGGAAUUUUGGAGUUGCAGGCAGGAGGUGGGUCUUGCUGCUGCAGGAAGAGCAAGAGGCGGAGCUACAGGACUGAUGCUAGCUCCUCCUACUGGCAGCAGCUGUAUGGUGCUCUGCAGUGUGGUCACUCUACAUGCUGCAGUUCAGAUGCUGCAAUCAGGACAGUGAAAGGAGCAAACUGUGAGCCCCAGGCCACUGGAGGCAGUGCUGAGUUUCGGACUAAAUGCUUGCCUGAGGGCGACUACAGGACUGAUCAGUUGGGAGCUUGUCGAGCUCUUAGGUUCCUCAGCCUGUCGGGAUGCUAUCAGGUCACAGACCUUGGCCUGAGGUGUCUUUCUCAGGGAGGAGGGCUCCCUCUGCUGGAGCAUCUUAACCUUUCAGGCUGUCUGUUCAUCACUGAGGUGGGUCUGCAGGAACUGGUGUCAGCCUGCCCUUCACUCAACAAUGAACACUUCUACUACUGCGAUAACAUCAACGGUCCUCAUGCUGAGACAGCAAGUGGAUGUCAGAAUCUACAGUGUGGUUUCAGGGCCUGCUGUCGCUCUGGAGAGUGAACACCAAACCCCUGUGUCUCAUGUUUUGUUUUAUUAUUAUUAUUAUUAUUUUGUCUUGUGUCAGUUUUUGCUCUUUUAUUUAGUUAAUGCGAGUUCCUACCUUUUGUGUGUUUAAGUGAUACUCUGGCAUUUCUUUACCUAAUCUGCUCUGUUUCCACUAUACCAUCGGAUAUCAUGGACCGUUAUUUCUGUGUAUUUGACCCACUGAUCCAACCACAUAAGGUACCACAGCAGCUGCCUAAAAUACUGAACAAAAACUGAACGGAAAAUGUUCUGAAUAAUAACACAGUGGAGCACGUCAGUAGAAGUGAUUGGACGGUUGCUGGAUUAGUUUGUAAAUUCGACAGGUUGUUGGAUUAACUUGUACAUUGGGCAAACUACAACCUGAAAAAAAAAAGCUUCAUAAGCUUUAGUUAUGAAUGACCAUAAAUACUUUUAGCUUGACAGCUAGUCCUAUAUCUGAAAUGAGAAUUUGCAAACUUGCAACUUGAAAUACAAAUAUUUUUGAUAACAGUUUAAGCAAACUACCAUGUUAAGUAAAAGUUUGUUGGCUUUUCUUUUACUGAAAUGAUACAAAAAAAAAAAAAACUACAGCCGGCCUUUUCAGAUAGUUUCAGAAAAAUAGAGAUACAAGUUUUUGUUCUGAUUUAAGAUUAAAAUUGAAAUAUUGUGAAAUCAAACAAGCAAAAAACUAUACCACAGAGGUUAGGUUAAAAUACAAUGGAGUAUUACUUUAAUACCACCAUGCUUACCAUCUUUCUGCCCGUCUUCCUCUCAUUCUUCUCUGCUUCAUCAUUCACAUGCAUUUUGUGCUCUUUCUCUCUCCCUUUCCCCUUUCUGAUCCAUUUGCACUUUUAAUUCCAGAGUGCUCAGGUUGUACUGUCAUUUGUGGAAUAAAGUCUCUAGAAAAAAGAAAAUUCCAAGAGGUGCCAUCCUCAUUGGAGCAAUUGCGCAGUUUAAAGAUAUGUAAAGUUGUAGAUAAUUAAUGCGGUAACUGUUGCUUUGAGUGUAAUGUUUUGAGAUUUUGGCAUUUGGAAAGGGCAGGAAUGCUGAUUGAUCUGUAAUUUUGAAGGCUUUAUGAAAAUGUAUACAUGAAUUUGGAUCACCAAUUUCUUGCUGCUUUUUUAAGCAGUAAUAUUUCACAAUGCUCUAGACCUGCCUGUAGUCUUUAUCUAGUGGACAUGUAUAGCUCCCUACCCUGCCAUUACUGUACAGGUGCUUCUACAAACAAGUGUUUGGCUUCCUUUCCCCUUUUAGCCACUCAGACUUUGCGUAAGAAGAACCACUGGAAGUAGAGCUGCCUGUUCUUUAUUUUGAGAUGAACCUGGUUUAAGAUUGCACUCUGCAUUGUCUGUUUAAAAUAAUAAAUUAUAUAAGCAAAAAUA